CGACGACGUCACUGGUUGCGGUCUCAGCAGGCUUAGUUAACCAUCAGGCGGCCAAGCAAGCAAGACACACUGGGACCUUCCGCUCUUAAAUUUCAUUUAUCACGAACAUAAUGAUGGGAAGGUUCCUUGUCCUGGUAGCAUUGUCACUCGUGCUGCAGAGUGUGCAUCUUGUACUGGGUGAUGACCCAGACAACAGUAUAAUCCUGGAUGAUGAUAAAUUCACGCCAAAAGAAAUACUGUUCUUGUUAAAGUACAUCGGUCUAAACCCCGAAUUGGCUACAAAAUACACUGAUAUGAUAAUGAAGAACAGUGACGCGAAUGGAGAUGGCGUCAUAGAACAACCAGGAAACUUGGUCAAUGUAAACGUAGCAGUUAACAUGCGAAUUAAAAACACUAAAUUAGAGGAAGACAUGGGUUUGAUGGACUAAUUCAUUUUAAAGUUACCUCCACUAUUUCGAGCUAUUUAACGUAUUGUUUUGUAAAUGAGGUAUGUGGACUUUGACGGAAAUCCUACAUUUUAUUUUAUUUUCGAUGGUAGCCUAGCUGCUUUCUAUAUUUCGUUGUCAUGAAUUUCUAGUUUAUAAGCUUUUGUUGAACAAAUGCUAUAAAACAAUUUAUUGUACAUUAAAGAGAAAAAAUAAG